CGGCCCCGCUGUGCCCAGCCGGGUUCGGGUUGUUCCUCUCCCGGCGGUGCCGAGCGGGGGUUGUUCCCUGUUCCCUGUUCCCCACGCGGGGCAGGAGGGCAGGGCAGGAAGGAGGGACGUGGGGAGUUUUCUGCCGUGUCAAAGCGGGUAAUUAAAGGUCUCGCGGCUGUUUGCAGCCAAGGCCCCACAGCUCCUUAACAGACAUCACUUGUAGCGUUUGCUUAGUUGUAAUAAGGGAGUUAUUAAUUAGGAAUAACGUUGUGUUUUAGGUCUAAGUUCAGCAGUUCUUCCAGUCUCGGGCAGUUUUAAGACACCAUUGUAGCUGCCAGGUGAUGAGCGCUCCGUGCCCGUCCCCGCCGGGACACGCGUGACCGCAGCACCACGGCGGGGCCCGCCCGGCCCACGCGCUGCAGGGUCAUCAUCUACCUCCAGAAGGACAUGUCUGGGGACACGUGCCUCGCCCUGUGCCCCGGCGCGGGGCCCAAGCCCAAGGCUGGCAGCUUCAAGGGGGGCAGCCUGGGCAACAAGUACGUGCGGCUGAACGUGGGCGGCUCCCUGUACUACACCACGGUGCAGGUGCUCACCAGGCACGACACCAUGCUCAAGGCCAUGUUCAGCGGCAGGAUGGAGGUGCUCACGGACAAGGAAGGCUGGAUCCUUAUAGACCGUUGUGGGAAGCACUUUGGAACAAUUUUAAACUACCUGCGAGAUGACACAAUUGCACUUCCAAAGCACAGGCAGGAGAUCAAAGAGUUGAUGGCAGAAGCCAAAUACUAUCUCAUCCAGGGCUUAGUGGACAUGUGCCAAGCAGCCUUACAAGACAAGAAAGACCUGUAUGAGCCAGUCUGCAGCAUCCCUAUUAUCACCUCUCCGAAGGAGGAAGAGAGACUGAUAGAGUCAUCACUGAAACCUGUUGUUAAGCUGCUUUAUAAUAGAAGCAACAAUAAAUACUCCUACACCAGUAACUCAGAUGACAACCUGCUGAAGAACAUCGAGCUGUUUGACAAGCUCUCUCUGCGGUUCAACGGCAGAGUCCUGUUCAUCAAGGAUGUGAUUGGGGACGAGAUCUGCUGCUGGUCCUUCUACGGGCAGGGCCGCAAGCUGGCCGAGGUGUGCUGCACCUCCAUCGUCUACGCCACCGAGAAGAAGCAAACCAAGGUUGAAUUCCCCGAGGCACGGAUUUAUGAGGAAACACUAAACGUCUUACUGUAUGAAACCCCACGGGUCCCUGAUAACUCCCUGCUGGAGGCCACGAGCCGGAGCCGGAGCCAGGCGUCGCACAGCGAGGACGACGAGGGCUUCGAGCUGCGCGACCGCGUGCGCCGGAUCCACGUCAAGAGAUACAGCACCUACGACGACCGCCAGCUCGGCCACUAGUGCUGAGCCAGGGCAAGCCUUGGUCAGGCUGGGCUCAGUGUGCUUGGAGCAGGAUCAGGCAGCAGGGAGGGAUCACUCGGGCUCUGGGGAUUGAUCUUCAUUUGGCGUCUUGGCUCCCUGGACGAGCAAACGGGCGUUUGUGCGCACGGAGCACCACUGAAGGCUUGGAGAGCUGAGGUGUGAGUUCUGCACCACGUGCUUUGCCUACAGACUGUCCCCUCUGCCUGCCAGGGCAGGGGUGAGAUUUGUAACACUGGUUCUCAGUUUGGGGUUGCUUUCCUAUCUCACAACUCGCCGGUUUCCCGCUUCCUGUGAGCAGUGGGGUGGCGCGGUUUGAAAAGCUUUCUCCAGACACCUGCCCCUUCAGGGCCUUGCAUGAUGGAACGUGCAGUUUUUAAAUCGAGACACUGAAGAGAGAACUCGAACGUGACUAUGCUUGGCAGACACUACAUGUGAUAACCCCCAGGAGAAAUGGUUGGCCAGCCAGCUGCCAGCAGUCAGGUGCACUGCACGUGUGCUUUCUCCCACCCCUUUCCUCAGGACACCUGCAAAGGUUUGUGUUUCAGGACAGCUCCCUUUAAAAGUCAUCGAGUCCAAGGCAAGCUCUCCCAAAGUGACAAGAGCCAAGUCAUCAAGCAACCUCCCCUUGUGAAAAAUGAGAAGUCUUUGAAAAUUUAAAUAUGUAUGUAAUGACUUGUCCUGGGAGAUGGAGAAAUGAGUAUGGAGAGGGAAGAAGCUUCAAGUCAGCAAACUUGAGCAGAUUGUGGCAGGGUUGCCCUUGUUGAGGCUUGUGACAGUGAAAUCCUGUUUAUAUAAACAAGGACAAUCCAUGGAAUUACUUUUCCAUUAGUUUCCUCCUGCAGCGGGGGAAAAAUUGCAGUGGCUGGGGAGGUACAGGCUAAACAGUGUUUUAUAAGGCUACAUCAUGUGAAUUCAAGUUCUGUGUUUUAAAUCACUUUUAGAGCAUAGAACUUGAAGUGGAAAGAGAAGAACAGGCAUGAAAAUCUUGUUCUAGCAAGAAACUGCAAGGGGCCUUGGGCACAGGAGAGAGGUGGCUUAUACUGGAUUUUAAACCGAAAUAAUCACUUUUAUCCUGAGUGCUUGGCUGGGUGCUAAUUGUACAGGGCACUUCAGGAGGUUGGAGUCAAGUCUGCUCUGCAAAUUGGGUCUCUGGAAACAGCUUCAAGUUUAGUAUGAAAAGCCAUUACUGUAUUUUUAAAUGUUUGCUUGUAUGUCUGAGCUCUGGGUUGCAUAUUCCAGUUUCACCACUGUUAUUAAUGGUUAUUCCUGCUGGCUGUCCACUGGCAGCAAUGGAUAUGUUGGAUAUGCUGCUCUUGUGUUCCCAUAUUGUACUUGGCCAUGGAAGCUCCAGAUUCCAUGAGGGUUGGUCCUGAACUGCUUUGGCCAGUGCCAAAUCUACCUGUAAGAUUUAAAGAAAAUUACUGCAAAAGCCUACAAGAAAAAAAAUCUCAAAUUAAUGCAGUGAGGGAUUGAGAUGUAGAUGGUUUGGGAGUACUGGAAGCAGGGGAGGGAACAAAAAGAUUCUUUGCACUCAUUGAGGUUUUUGAAAACAGAAUUGCUGGGGGUUAAUAAGAAAACACUAAUGGCUAUAAACUUUCCGGAUUUUCUUGCAUGGCCAGGCCUCUACACAAGGCAGGAUUCACUUCUUUCUCUCACAUUCAGGAAGCAGCACUGCACAGAGAUGCACCUGCCUUGUGAAAGGCCUCUUGAAAACUCUAAUAACCUCUUCUCUUUUAUAUUGCUCUCUGUAAGUUUUUGUUUUCCAGCUGUUAUUCUGUUGUGCCAGGGAAAAUACAUCUGCUGAGAUUAGUUUAGGCAAAGAUUUUUGUGGUAUUUCUGUCUAAUUCUGCUAGAGUGUGAUGUGGAUUUUUAAAAUUUUUUCCCUCCAGUGAUGGUAUUUAAUUUGAAGCCACCAGCAGAGGCUGCAGUGAUAGAGUCUUUGUGCUGCACUCAAUAGGUUCAGUUUAUUCUCUUGUGCUUUUUCCAUCUUGUAACAAAGGCUGCUGCCAUUUAAAAUCCACGUGUGGCACUUGUUUCUUGGAAAAUGAUUUGUAUUAUUUUUUUCUUGCUACUAUCAUAGUGAAUGUUAGCAGGUUAAGUGAUGCUGGUAGCCUUGCAAAACUGUGUUAAAAAAGUUAUAAGCAUAAAAAUGUCAUAUUUGCAUUUCUUUCCUCUGGGGAGGACAGGUAUGGGAAGGAGGGUGUGAAAGUGUCAGAUCCAUGUGCUGCUCCAGAGGCUUUCUGUGCUCCCAGGAGUCAUUAAUGAAAUGGAUCCAACUUGUGAAUUAUUACACUGUAAGAAACAGAGAAAAGCUUGUGUUUUGGUUUAGUUGGUUUUCUGUCCCUGUCUCCCAUAGCAAACAAGUAGUAUGAAUUUCUGAUUUGAAUUUAGAUUAAAUUAACCUUGAAAACAAAAUGUUUUGAGAACCAUCUGGGUUGUGAGAAUCUUCUGCCAAGUGCAAAGGAACUUCUUGGUGUUUGUGGAAUGUGGAAUCUCAGUAAGAAGUGUCAGCAGUUAUGUAUGUGCUAAAAAUGUGCAGAUAUCCUUUUCAUUUCACUUGAGAGUCCUUGUCUAGAACUGCUCCAGCACAGGAUGUUACUGAGUGUACCUCACACCAAAAUCAUGGCUGUGGUGUCUCUGACCACCAGGUUCUGAUAAUUCCAUGAUGUAACACAUGCUUUGUAUUCUCAUCUUAAUCAGCCUUUUUGUGAUUGAAGGCUGUGAAUUAUUUUGAGAGGAACAUUCUGGUUGUUCUAGAACAUGUUUUUACAUGUUCUCCUGGUGGAAAGGAGAAGCAGCAGCACUGAGCAGGAUGAUGCAGGUUAAAGGCAGCAUUGGUGGGUUUGCAGUGGGCUGCCCAUUGCUCGAGGGAACACUGGCUGUGCUGCCUGGGGGUCCUCUGCUGGCUCUGUGUUAAUGAGGUGCCUGGGAGUUUGGGGUAGCCUUUGGGAGGAAGGAGAGGCCUUUUUGCCUCAUUUGUAGGGUGUGAAUUCUGACUGCAUUAACUGGCAUUCUUCCAGGACUCACUGUCCUCUUCACUCCUGAAUUUAAGCAAACCUUUGAGCAUUCAGGCAGGCUGAGGCAAUGAAUGGAAACUGUUCCCUGCCAUCCUUGCCCAAUCCUGUGCUAAAGGCUGCAGUGCCAACAGCCUUGGUCCUUCUCCAGGGAAGGGGUCUCAGUGACUGGGGAACAGAUAUUCAGGAUCAGUGUUAGAGGGGAGAGCUCUGCAGGCAGCAGCUCCAGCCGCUGAUGAACGCCGAGACAAAACUCACUGCUUAACCUUCACCUUGACAUUUAGUUUUUGGAACAGCAGACAUUUAUCCUGCCAUGAUGUUCCACUCCAGCGACUUUUAUCUUUUGCGGUUCUUGGUUAAAAUGGAGGAUAACUGGCUGGGACUGGAAGGCAUUGCAGGGGGCAGUGGUGUCACUGAGAGCUGCGUUGGAAUGGGCAGUACUUACCGUGGGCUUGCUUUGACUUUUAUUUUAUUUUUUUUCCCCUGAGGGUUUUUAAUUUUCAGACCCAAUUCCCUCGAGGCAACACCGAUGAACAUAGCUGAGAUGAACUGGAUGGGUCUGGCCCAGCAGGCCCUGCCCUACACAGUUGGAUUGUAUCUUCUGACAAUCCUUGGCAUUCGACCUUCUCAGCCAAAUUCCACCCCCGGUGCUGUUGGCAGAGCCGAGGUGUCUGUGGGAGGGGAGUGGGCACCAGUCCCACUCCAGCUCUGUCACUCCCUCGGGCACACAGGGCAGGAUGUGUUUUCUGUAUAUGUGUAAUUUCUCCUCAUCUAAUAAAGUGGUGAUAACACCCUCCCCUACCUCAGAGGGAUGUUGUAUUAAUUUGUUUAAUAGUAGUAAAGGAUUCCUUUGGAUUUCUAUAAUAUUUUGUAUCCAGAAUACAAGUAUGACUGCUGAUCUUGUUUAAACUGACAUUCUGUGAUCAAGUUGUUUUCUUAAAGCAUCAGUCUUUGUUUUAUUUUUAUGUCUAACUUUUUUAGGGUCAGUCUUACCCAUGAAUUACUUAGUUAAUGCAGUAAUUAAUUAGGUGUUGAUUAAAGUGUUUUAUCAGUGCAUUAAAUGGAAAUGGAACACUAAUUUUUAAUAAAGUGUUAUAUUUUGUCUUCUGUGA